UGCUCCAUCAUUGGUGUCAGUGGGAGGAAUAGCGCCCCAUCAUUGGUGUCAGUGGGAGGAAUAGCGCCCCAUCAUUGGUAUCAGUGGCAGGAAUUGCGCCCCAUCAUUGGUGUCAGUGGGAGGAAUUGCGCCCCAUCGUUGGUAUCAGUGGGGAGAAUAGUGCCCCAUCAUUGGUGUCAGUGGGAGGAAUUGCGCCCCAUCGUUGGUAUCAGUGGUAGGAAUAGUGCCCCAUCAUUGGUGUCAGUGGGAGGAAUAGUGCCCUAUCGUUGGUAUCAGUGGGGAGAAUAGUGCCCCAUCGUUGGUGUCAGUGGGAGGAAUAGUGCCCCAUCAUUGGUAUCAGUGGGGAGAAUAG